GAAAAAAGGAAUCAAAGGAUCGAUGAUGGUGUGGUCAAAUUUCAAAUCGCAUUUCAGAAGGAAAGGUAGACGUGAAGCAGAACGCGUGAAUUGUUUGGUUGAACAAUUAAGUGUCAAUAGAGAGUACAUUUCCACGUUUAGGACAAAGUCUUACAUAGAAAUGUGGAAAAAAGUACACGAAUAUCAUACUGGAACAAAAAGCCUUAGUAGACUUUGUUCGUCUUCGUCUUCGUCGUCUUCUCUUCCUUUGCGCGUCUCUCUCUGUGACUACUUGCUUGAACCGCGACAGGAAACCCUUGCUGACAUUAUAGAAAGCUCCAAUCUUCAUCCUCUCGUCGUUAAUUUCUUUGAGGCCACCUUUGCAGCAUGCAAUAUGUGUGACCUUGUUCUUUUCAGCGUCGAUCAAGCCCGCGCUAAUUAUUCAAGAAUCGAUAGGGUAAUAAAGCUCACAAGAAACACACACACUUCCCCAGACUAUAGAGGAUCCUCUGUUUCCAAAAUUGUUAUCCCCAUGUCUCAAGACUGUCCAAGUCAAACGAUCGUGCCUGUCGACUUUUGUGAUUUGAGGGCAGCACCAAAUCAUACGGCUGAGAGGGGAAUAAGUCGCGAAUCGAUUAAUUGUGAAGACAGAGAAUCUCUGGCUAGCACAGACUAUACUCAUGCUCAAUGUGGCGCUCUACUCAAGGAACUUGCUUCAUUCACGAUGCUCAAGAAUCCUUUGCUAUCAAUUAGCCCAUCACAAUUCCGGGACAUACAUGAUAGUCAUGGCUAUUUGCUACAAAAAUUGAAAACCAAGUGUAGAAGGGUCAAAAGGAGAGCAAAAUUUGCUAAACUUUGCAAGAAGACACUUGGGUUAAGUCUUAUGGUUUCCUAUAGUGCAAUUGCAACCGCAGUGCUAUUGCUUGCAAUUCAUAGCAUGGUUGGCAUUCUGGUGGCGCCGCCGUUUAUAGCCUGCUCUUUGGGUUUGACCCAUCAUCAUUGGAAAAAAUUAUUUAAGAGACGGCUAAAAACGACCUCACAAGAAAGACUAGGAGCACUGCUUGAGGUCGCGGCAAAAGGGGUUUACAUUUUGAUGAACGAUUUUGACACGACGAGUCGGCUUGUGAGGAGGUUAGAGGAUGAGAUUGAACACAUCAGAGUUGUUGGUGAUGUGUGUGUUAGGAAUGGGAAGAUGGACGCGGUGAAAGAGGUGGUUAGGGAAUCUGGGAUUGACCAAAAUCGCUUUUUGGAGCAGUUAGAAGAGCUUGAGGAGCAGAUAAUAUUGUGUUUUCUCAACAUAAACAAGUCAAGAAGGCUAGUCAUGCAGGAAAUCCUGGUUCUCCAACAAGAAAACAGAAGAAGGCUCCUUUGUUGAUUCACCUCUCUUUUUGACAACCUAAUUAUUGUUAUUUUUUCAAUUGUAUUGAACUCUCCCCCCUCUCUUGGCAAUGGAGGGUGAGGAUCUAAUUGUUAAAUUUGUAUGCAAAAUUUUAUGAAUAAAGAAUUGUAUAUAUUUUUUUCCUUCC